UCUCCAUCUCCGCCGCUCAUUGUCCACUUCCACUUUCCUCGUCUCUUCUCCAUUCUCUCUCCACCUUCGCCAUUCCAAUACCAUGGCCGCCGCCACUACCCCCAUGGAGCCUAUCAGUCCGGCCAACACACGUGUGGGUUGGAUCGGAACGGGAGUGAUGGGGCGAUCCAUGUGCUCUCACCUCAUAAAGGCCGGCUACUCCCUUACCGUCUUCAACCGUACCCAGUCCAAGACCCAGCCUCUCCUCGACAUGGGCGCUCGCUACGCUCCUUCCCCUGUCGAACUUGCUUCCCAAUCUGAUGUCGUCUUCUCCAUCGUCGGCUAUCCCUCUGACGUUCGUUCCGUCCUCAUCGGCUCCUCCGGAGCCCUCCAGGGCCUCCGCCCCGGCGGCAUCCUCGUCGAUAUGACCACCAGCGAUCCUUCUCUUGCCGUUGAGAUCUCCGAUGCCGCUUCCUCAAAGGGCUGUGUCUCCGUCGAUGCCCCCGUCUCCGGCGGUGACCGUGGUGCUAAGGCUGGAACUCUGGCCAUCUUCGCCGGAGGUGAUGAAUCGUUGGUCCGUAGUCUUAAGCCUUUGUUCGAUUGUAUGGGAAAGGUGAAUUACAUGGGCGGACCGGGGAAAGGUCAGUUCGCAAAGCUCGCGAACCAGAUAACGAUUGCGUCGACGAUGAUGGGUUUGGUGGAAGGAAUGAUGUAUGCCCACAAGGCAGGGCUGGAUGUUGGGCUCUACUUGGAUGCCAUUUCUACAGGAGCCGCCGGCUCCAAGUCGUUGGAUUUGUAUGGGAGUAGGAUUCUCAAGAGGGAUUUUGAGGCUGGAUUUUUCGUGAAUCACUUCGUCAAGGAUUUAGGCAUCUGUUUGAGGGAAUGCCAGAACAUGGGUCUUGCUCUUCCUGGCUUGGCUCUCGCUCAGCAGCUCUAUCUCUCUCUUCAGGCUCAUGGUGAGGGGAGUUUGGGCACCCAAGCUCUCAUUUUGGCUCUUGAACGCCUCAACAACGUUUCCCUCCAAUCUUCUAUAUGAAAUUUUGUUACCACUGCUUUUUCUUCAGCGUGCUGUGUAGAGGUAUGGGAGAUAUGAAUACAUGGAUUGUAUGCCCCUAUCAUGAACAAUAAUCUAAUAAGAUGAGCCUUAAU